AUGUUCCGUUUCGUGUUCGCCGCUACCCUGCUCGUGGCCACCGUUGUGGCCGGACCGCUCGAUCGGGCCUACUCGCAGCACCAAAACCCGGACGCUCACGCCCAGAUUGUAGCGUACGAGAAUGUGCUGAAGGAUGACGGUCACUACAGCUACAGCUACGAGACGAGCAACGGUAUCGCUGCCCAUGAGGAUGGCCUCGGAGCCCACAGUGCCAAUGGUGCCUUCUCCUACACCGGACCCGACGGUGUGCUGUACCGCGUGGUGUAUGUGGCCGACGAGAACGGAUUCCAGCCGCAGGGCGCCCAUCUGCCGACGCCACCACCGACUCCCGAGCACGUGUUCAAGACGCUCGAGCAGAUCCGUGCCAACCCGCCCAAGGAUCAGAAGGACUUCAGUCUGGAGGCGCUCGAUGCCACCAUCGCUCGGCUGCGACAACAUUAA